AUGGGGCCCCCAGGCAAUAGGGAAUCAUGGGGCCCCUGUGUCCUUGCCCAAACUCAAAAAAGCCUAUGAAAAAGUCUGAGCACAGUCAUUGUCCUUACAUAGUGAGUUCGGUGCCAAUUCUGGCAGCAGGUUGCGUGAACAUGCACUGGUGCAAAUGUUUGUGCUGAUCAGGGGCAGACUGACAACUCAUGGGGCCCCGGGGCAAUAGGAAAUCAUGGGGCCCCUGUGUCCUUGCCCAAACUCAAAAAAGCCUAUGAAAAAGGUACCACGGGCAUCUCAUGGGGCCCCCUACUGACCCCAGGCCCUCGGGCAGUGCCUGAGUUUUCAAAUGGUCAGUCCGCCCCUG